ACAAACAGAAGCCCAGAUGUCCCACUCUGGUGAACCUAGACUACAUUUAGCUUUAUGUCAUCAGAUUUAUUUUUUUUAAAUUCCCCUUCGAUCUUAGUCAAGAAUUAGACGAUUGUAAGAAAUGUGGUUGCUUUGCAUGCAUAAACGCAGUGUUCCAGUGUACAGAAGCUACUGUUUAGUUCAGGUUUCUUAGCAACAAAAGCAACACAGACCUUUGAGUACCAUCGGAUUUAAGCUGGAGCUCAUUUUAAGAGGGAUCUUAUAGUGGAAAGCAAGAGAAGGAGCACCUGUCUUCAGAGUGGGAGGAUUGAGCCAAAGGAUUUUUAGUCAAAUAUGUCAAGACAGAAUCAGGACUCCAGAGCAACAACAGGGGAAAGGAGCCACAGCAAAACCAAUCAGGUUCCUUUUUCUGCUGAAUUUUGUAGAAUGCUGACGAAAAGCAGUCCACGCUUUGGUGCCUUGAGUCACCAUUCCUUUUUUUCCCGACACAACCCUCAUCCACAUAGGGUGAAGCAUAUUCAAGGACUCAAUGGAAGGCCCAUUUGCACAGUGAGAGAUGAUUGGUUUGUCACCUCUUCCUUAUUUCCUCACCCUCUCCUUAAAAGCCACACCACCAGAAAGGCCUCUGAGCCAGCUUUCACUCUUCAAUUUGCUGAAGGUCUUCACGGUAGAAGCAAAAACAAGUCAGAGGCCUGGAUGGAUGAACUCAAGGAACUUGCUGAAAAAGUCAUUCAGUCAUCCAAAACACAAAAGGAAAAAAAGGAGAACCACAGAGAGGACGAACUUGUCACCCGAAAGACACAAUAUUCAGCUGAAACCGGGAGGAUUAUUCCAUCCUCCAGCAUGUCCUACGGGCGUAGAUCCCAAAACCAGCAUGUGAAGUAUCAACCAUUCCACGACCAAGAACUUACGGUUCUGGAGCUACUUUGUCAGAUCCUACAGACAGACUCCCUGUCCGCAGUGCAGCAGUGGCUUCUGCUUGCAGGUCAAAGAGAGAAAGACCUGGUGAUGGGGUUGAUCAGACAAGGUUUGGACGGUGUGGACCUCACGCUCCGCAACCGGCAGAGCCUCCAGCGGCUCCAGGCUUUUGGUCUAGCUUCAUCUCCACCUGCAUUUGGUCACUACGCUAACCAGCCUUGGAGGAGAGCAUGGAGAACAAGCUCACACCAAGCAAAUGCAACUCUCGGCAUUGAAACACCAGUGAACAUAGGAGGAGCAGAAGUCCUUGAAGUCCACAAAGGAGCUGAGGACCAUGAAGAUUCUCCUCUCAAACAUUAAGAGCGUGCCUCCAGUUGGGUGAUAAAUCAUGUGUUAGAAUUAUUAGUCUCAUGGGAUACAUCACAUUUAUUGUAUAGGCGAUCCAUACUAUCAUAAUUAAGAGAGUGAAACAUAUGUAAUCUGAAGAGUUCCCUAUCGCUGUAACCAUUUUUUUGUGUUCACAUCAAAUUGUUUAAAGAGAGAACUUAAAAACUAAAUUUAGUCGGAAAAUCCUCAUUAUUUAAAGUUGUUCCAGCAAUAGCCAGGACAUCAGAACGGUCAUGUCAGUAUAAUCUCAGUUGCUGAAACAGCUCUUCAAGUUAUGGUUGUGUGGUGGUAAAAAGAUGAGGAAAAAAAUCCAGUCGUGCAGGCAGAUGAAGUCAUAGUUAGAUUUAUUUAUUUUUUUCAAAUGUGCAGCCAAGCCAGGUCUUCAAAAGCAAACAAGUAAAACAAAACCCCAGUAAUGGCAUAGAACCGACAAUGACUGAACAAAAGGAAGGUAAUUAGGAUGUAAUUAGAAGGUGUAAUUAGCGGGUGGCUGCAGCCGAGGUUGAUUGAGUUAAAUACAGGUGUGGAAAUUAAACAGGUGGACAAAACAGAGAAGUUUAGGAUGAGUGGGAAUAAAUACCUUGACAAGAUAUAACCAAGAGGGUAACCAAGCUUUCUGACCAAGACAAGAUAGAUGUAUUUAUUUUGGAUUAUCAUGAGCUAUUUUUAACAGUAUUUGUUAACGUUCUUCGAGACUAAAAAUGUUCAUAAGUUUGAAAACAACACAAACAACUUUAAGUCUCUUGUUAGAAAAUUCAUAGAAGACAUUGUGAAAGUGUUCAAACUGUAAACUGGUUGCCUUGUUUAAAGCAAAACUUAAUCAGAAAUUCAGGAAUGACAGGACGAAGAAAAUACCAUCUGCCUUUUCCGUCAUUAACUUAUUCAUUUCAAACUGAACAGGUUUAGUUUGCUAAGCUAAGCUUCAAGAGUAUGUUUGUGGGAAAAAGGAUAUUUGAAAAGCUGAUCCAGCAAGCACCACCUGGAACGAUCUUGCCAGCUGGCAUUUGGUUGCCUUGGAGACCUAAUCAGUUGUGAAGGGAAAGAGAAUGUCUCCAAUCUUUGUGACAGACUGCAUAUUAUACAGGUAGGCAAUGAAAGAACUGUGAACAGAGAGAUUUAGAGCCACAAAAACUUUCUCACAUUGAUAUGGACCAACUAACAUAAGAGCUAAGAGAUAAAAUACUGGCAUAAAUGGGAUGAAUUUCUUCUUUUGGUGAUGCCUUUCAAUACUAGCUGAAACAUACUAUGACCUUUUUUUACAAGCCAACGUCACACACCAGACAGGGACACAUAGCAGACUACUGGCUAAAGGCCUCAAUGACUAUCUGCUCCAUGAACUCUGGAUUUUUACCGUGACUCCAUUCCUCUGCAUUGGGAGGCCAUCAUUUUGAAUAGUUGCAUUUACAAUAUUUUGCAAGAGCAUGUUGCUGCAUGUCUGUUUAGUGGCAAAUAGGGGGAAAAUAAUCAAUAAAUCUGAUCGGCAACUGAAAAAUCUGAAUGAAAAUGAUCACCUGUUGCAUGCGUGCAUGUAUCCAUGUGGUUACACUUUCAGUUUCAAUUUAUUUAAAAAAAUAAAUCUGUUAAAACUAUGAAUAUGUUAACAUUUCAGUCACAAGACAAUAUUUAAUCACCCCUCAAACAGAUGCUUGAAUGCUUUAUAUGAUCUCAGAUAAGACAGUGAAGGAACAUGGCAACACAUCUGCGCAGCUGUCAUAGCAACAGUCCAAUUAGUCUAGAAGACAGGUAGAUUAUUAGGCGUUUGUAAAACAAGUUAAUUUAACACAAAUAAUAAUGCUGCUGUUAUGCUCCGGGUGAAAUGUGACAUUUGUCUUGGCUCUGCCAUGACUUCCACAAUGCUCAACAGAACCUGAUGCAACAGAAAAUGAAAAAUAAAACAGAAAAUAAAUCAAUCAUUGAAAAAGAUUUUUUCGUUGAUGUUUCCUAUCUUGCAUUAGCGCAUCCAUCCUAAUAAGGAUGCCAUAGUCUCUCCUGCACCAGCUUGCCUCCAGCAUAGCUAAGCCACUGCCUUGCUGUAAUGUGUAACAUACAUGAAGUGGCUGUUUUACUUUGAACACUAAUUGUAAAAUUACAAAAUUACAGCCAAAAGCAUUUUCUAAUGCACCAACCCAUGUUGCCACUGUGCUGCACGUACCUUAAACAAACCUCCAGAAAAAUCUUCCUUCUCUCCGCAUUUGAUUUCUCUGGUUUAUAUAUUGGUGGUUUAUUUACACAAUGUUAUCAGAUGUCCAUAAUAGCUCUAUAUAAAAAAUCUGCCUUAGUCUAAGAUAAAGAAAUAGAUUUGCAUGGUAAGUGACAUCUGUGCAGAGUUGGAUGGUAUGCAUUCUUUUCUACGCUGUAGCUUGAAUAGGUAUUUUUGUAGACAAAUUAUCUGAUGUUGUGGUGGUAAACGUGCUUUUAUGUGACCUC